GGCGUCUCGGAGGGACCCGGGCCGCGGGGUGGAGGCGGGAGGCGCGCGGCGGAGUCGCUUGGCGAUGGUGGGCGUCCCUGGAGCGGCCGCCUUCCAGCUUGGUGCUGAGAAAAGAGUGCCAGCAAUGCCUGGAUCGCCUGUGGAAGUGAAGAUACAGUCAAGAUCCUCACCUCCCACCAUGCCACCCCUCCCACCAAUAAAUCCCGGAGGACCUAGGCCAGUGUCAUUUACUCCAACAGCAUUAAGCAAUGGCAUCAACCAUUCUCCUCCUACCCUGAAUGGUGCCCCAUCACCACCACAGAGAUUCAGCAAUGGGCCUGCCUCUUCCACAUCAUCUGCACUAACAAAUCAACAGUUGCCAGCCACUUGUGGUGCUCGGCAGCUCAGCAAGUUGAAACGCUUCCUUACCACGCUACAGCAGUUUGGCAAUGACAUCUCACCAGAGAUUGGGGAGAAGGUGCGGACUCUCGUUCUAGCACUGGUGAACUCAACAGUAACAAUUGAAGAAUUCCAUUGCAAGCUCCAAGAGGCUACAAACUUUCCUCUUCGUCCUUUUGUGAUUCCAUUCCUCAAGGCCAAUCUGCCCCUGCUGCAGCGAGAACUGCUGCACUGUGCUCGAGCCGCCAAGCAGACCCCAUCCCAGUACCUGGCUCAGCACGAACACCUUCUGCUCAACACAAGUAUUGCGUCACCUGCUGACUCUUCUGAGCUACUCAUGGAAGUGCAUGGAAACGGAAAGAGACCCAGUCCAGAGAGGAGGGAAGAGAGCGGUUUUGAAAGAGAUACAAUUCCUCCCGAGCCUCCUGCCAAGAGAGUGUGCACCAUCAGCCCUGCUCCCCGGCACAGUCCUGCCCUCACUGUGCCCCUCAUGAAUCCUGGGGGCCAGUUCCAUCCGACUCCUCCACCUCUUCAGCACUACACGUUAGAAGAUAUUGCAACUUCACACCUGUAUCGUGAGCCCAAUAAGAUGCUGGAACAUCGAGAAGUUCGUGAUAGACACCACAAUCUUAGUCUAAAUGGAGGCUAUCAAGAUGAGUUGGUAGACCACCGUUUGACGGAAAGGGAAUGGGCUGAUGAAUGGAAACAUCUCGAUCAUGCUCUGAAUUGCAUUAUGGAAAUGGUAGAGAAGACGAGGCGCUCCAUGGCAGUCCUGCGGCGCUGUCAGGAAUCUGAUCGUGAGGAACUCAACUACUGGAAAAGACGAUGUAACGAAAACACAGAGAUGAGGAAGACAGGGAGCGAGUUGGUCUCUAGACAGCACAGUCCUGGGAGUGCAGAUUCUCUCAGCAAUGAUUCUCAGCGAGAAUUCAACAGUAGGCCAGGAACAGGAUAUGUACCUGUGGAGUUUUGGAAAAAAACUGAAGAAGCUGUGAAUAAGGUGAAAAUUCAGGCCAUGUCGGAAGUACAGAAAGCCGUUGCUGAGGCAGAGCAAAAAGCCUUUGAAGUGAUUGCAACAGAGAGAGCUCGGAUGGAGCAAACCAUAGCGGACGUCAAGCGGCAGGCCGCAGAGGACGCCUUCCUCGUCAUAAAUGAGCAAGAAGAGUCAACAGAGAACUGCUGGAACUGUGGCCGCAAGGCCAGCGAGACCUGCAGCGGCUGCAACAUUGCACGAUACUGCGGCUCUUUCUGCCAGCACAAGGACUGGGAGCGGCACCACCGCCUCUGUGGCCAGAACCUGCACGGCCAGAGUCCCCACAGCCAGAGCCGGCCACUGCUUCCUGGAGGGAGGGGCUCCUCAGCCAGGUCCACCGACUGCAGCGUGCCGAGCCCGGCUCUGGAUAAGACCUCGGCCACCACUUCACGCUCCUCAACGCCUGCCUCUGUGACAGCCAUCGACACCAACGGACUCUGAGCCCCAGACUCCCUUCCCUCUGAUGACCUCACAGCGCAGCAACCCAUGGCACAGGGGGCCUGGCGGUUUGAACCAGUGCAAUUAGCUGUUGGGUCAUCAGCACGGAGUGCAGCUGAGGCAGGAAGAGCACAAGCCCAGCCAACGCUGCCCCGCAGCCCCUCCGGACACCUGUCUACUUCCCAUGUGUCCUCGGGGUGGGGGGCGGGGGGGGCUGGUGCGCCAUUCUCUGGGCACAUAGGCAGCUAGCCAGAGCCGCUCCUUCUUCCUUGGCUUCCAGGUUUGUUCCUGUUCCCGCUGAAACUGGUGUGGCCAUCCCCUUCUCCGUAUGGACCACCAGCUCCCCUCCCUGCCUCUCGAGGCAGCAGACUGUCAGGUGCCCAGCCGGGCUGGAGGGGGCUCGCCCCACGCACUGCCGCCUACCCUGCCCUCCUCCUGCGGCAGAAGCCUGGAGGCUGACAGCAGGCUGCAGAGGAGAUCCCCUCCGACAGGGGUGACCCCUCUUGCCCUGGAACAGCUCCUAUAACCCCGUUUUCACCUUCAGCAGAUGCCACUGGUGAGCCCCACCCGGACAUGGGUAGGCGGAAGCAGCACUCAGGACCCUCUCCUCGACCCUGCUGUUCAGACUUGUUAGGAGUAUCAGAAAUCACAGGAAAUAAGUCACCAUUUCACUAAAAGCACCCGUAAUGAUGAAAAACAAAUAAACUUCCUCCAAGCAUCACAGAUCAUUUUGGACAAGAUUUUCCAACCUGGCUUGCUACUUUAGUUUGGGACCCAUUUUUUUCUCUCUUACUUGAUUUUGCUUAUGCAGAAAUAGUUUCCAGCGCAUGGAUUGGUCUGAGGGAGAAUGAGACUCAACUGUUGAUAGUCUGUUCUCUCUGAGCAUGUUGGCCAAACUAGUAUUGUCAAACCAUUGAAUGGAUUAUCUUUUGGAAAUGCAGAACCUUUUGUCACCGCUUGGCUGUUUGCACAGUCGUCUUGUUCUGUGUCCCUUUCAUCUCAGGCCGCGCAUGUCCAGAUCACUGUGUGGAUCUUGUCGUGGUCUCUCUUUGGCCCCUGUUGAGCUAUGGUUGUCCUAUAGGAUGUGAUGUGUUGUGGCUAGGACCUGCCUCAGCAGUCGAGGCCUGCUCACAUCUCAGCAGCCUUCCUGGACCUGAAAGAAUUCUUCAAACCUCGUCCAUAGUACAUGUGACGUCAGUUUAUUAUCAGGCAUACAAUCUCGGUUUCCCUUAUGGUAUCUAUUUGAUACCUUCCCUCUCUGAGCUAAGAAAAGUUCUGUGAAAUGUCACAACCAUUUUGAGAGCGGCCCACCAAUUUCUCUUCCCAUCAUCAGGGAGUUUUCCAGAUUCUUACCUGGCUUUCCAAAUGUGACAUCGCCUAUACCCCUUUUAGAAUAUUAGGAACUGCCACACAUAUUCUUCCCUGCCAUUUGUGUUUUGUUGGGAGCCCAAGUACCCUGACCCUCUCACUCUCCACCUCCAAGCCUCCAGUGCCCUCUUGCCCCAAGGAAUCAGUUGGGGUGAGGUGGUUGGCCCUGCCCCUGCUGGCCCAUGAAAGCCCAGUUUUAGAUGGCUACCUUCCGUGCGCUGACCAGAGGGAAAUAAAAGCUCUGUCUUGUCAAGGAAAAGGGAUCAGCGUAGUAGCGUUGUCCUCACAUACAGGUGUAUCUUACUGUGAGAACUUUUCAAGUCCCUAAUUUACCUAAAGAUUUUCUAUCUUACAAAGGAACUCAGUGCCAGGCACCUUUAAAUACCUGGAUUUCCAGUGUAUAAAGUAUGCCCAGAGAAUGAAUAACAGAAUAAUGAACUCAUUAAACUGGAACUCCUUAAACUGCAGCAGUUGGUGGAGCAUCCUGACUUCAACAGGAAGGAAAUUAGUACCCUGGGCAGGACUAGCCUACAUUUAUGUGAGACAUGGGGUGUCCCAUGAGUAGGUCAUGAAGCCUAUAAAUCAGAGCAAGAGGGUAUCUCAUGGUACCUAUUGGGUCUGUCCGCAGGCCACUGUCUUUUUAUUGGCGAGAUGAACACCUGGACGGGUUCUUUAAGUCUUCAGUUGGCCACAGGACUAGCCAGGGUAGCCCAGGUUUUUCCUGUUUCGAAUAAAGAGCCAAAAGCAGGACCCACUGUCAUUUUCUGUAGCUAAGGUUUCAGCUUUCAGGCUCCAGGUUUCAGCGUGCGGGUCCUAGCUGACUGGUGUGGGCUGUGGUUCUACUGACAGUGAAGUUGGCAGAGUGACUGAUGCUGAUCUAGACUGCUUUCCUCACGUGCUGCCCAGAGGCCACGCUGGGUAGUGGUCCACACCGUAGUUCAGUUCUCAGACCUUUUGCUGUGUUCAUUUUGGUCACUUUCACAUCUAGGUCGGUAGGGCAUGUGUCCAAGACUUCCCAUUUAGGCGUAAAGAAUCCCUUUCUUUAGCUCCCUCCUCUGAAAUUCUCCUGCUGUCUGGGUGAGAGGAGGAGGGGCACUGCCUUGGGGUGGCGCGGGGAGGGGGUUGAAGGAGCAGGGGUGACUGAGUCCAGCUUCCCCGCUUGGUCUCCAGUGUCUGCUCACCAUCCCAGCCACCAGACUUGGAGUACAAGUUCAGGCUGCCCACUUCCAUCUACUUAGACUUAAAAUAUACAGUCAGGCUGUUAGAGAAUCAGUCUUUAUAGUUAAUAUUUGGGGGGACAGAAAAGACAGAGGGGAUGGGAGUGGAGGUGUUUUCAGCACAGUCACAAAGCGAGUGUGACAUGUGCCUGCCCACCCGUCAGAGCACAUCUGGAGGAUGAGGCCAGUGCUCAGCAUCGCCCACUGAGGGACACUGAGGAGUGAUGGGACUUCGUUGUCCUCCGCUUGCGAGAAAUGGUUGCAGGGACCAGAGGAGGCCAGAGUGGCCAAACUGGGAGCCAUCUUUAAAUGUCCUGAGGGAUGGCCGAGGGCUGAAUCUUCACACCCUCAGUCGCCCUUUGGGUCCCCACCACCUGCACCAUGCCUGACUCCGCCCAGUGGUGAAAAUGGACUCGAGAAGAAGUUGGUCCAUUCCAGGUGCUCAGGAAUAGGCAGCCCACCUUGUGAGUUGUGAGUGGGAAUGGGACUUCCACUUUGGAAGGUCCCUGGCAGCUGCAGGGGUGGGCCUCUAGCAGAUGUGCUCAGUCACAGAGCGAGUGGAUCUUGGACUGUGCUGAGUCAUACAUGUCUCAGCGGAUCGAAGUCUGGAAACCACACACAUCUACCCGGCACAGAUCGGUGUCAUGUUGGCUGCAGUGUGGACAUCCUUUGCCCAUCUGGGCCUGCUAGUCCCCCAGGAACUCCUCGCUUCUUGGUGUCAACAUGAACAUCUUCAGCUUCUAGACAGAAAAUUUACACUUUACUCUCUAUGGCCUUGUUCCAAAGUCAGAUUGAUCCCCAGGGCUGUCACCUGCUUGUAAGGGUGUAGACCUUAUUCUGGAUAUUUCAGAAGCUGUCUCAGCAAGUGGAAUUGAAGGUUCAGCAAGACUAUUGGAAUUGUGUGGUAGUGAGUUCUUCAGAACGAAAGCAUAAUGACCAGGUAGCCAUUUGUCCUGGAAACUGUAGAAGGGGUUGUGGAUUGAAUAAAUCACUUAGAAUACAUCUUCGAAGCUUUCUUCAGAACUGGUGUCAGAACCAGGUCAGUAGACCAAGCCAACUUAGUUUUGUUUUUUUGUUUUGUUUUUUGUUUUUUAAGCUAUUUACAGAGAACUGGGUGGUGGCAUGUUUGAACCAAAUGUAAGAAAAGCCACAGGGACCUGGACUGUUCCAGCAUGGGCCAGAGGGCCAGGUGUCCCGGAGGAGUCUUGUCUGGGAUGGGAAGCGGGGGGGCUGGGCGAGUCAUCCCUGAGUGUCUAUUUCUUAUGAAACCAAAACAUUGACUGCCUGCCUCUUUGCCCAUAUGCAUUGACAUGCUCAUUUCCAAAGAUGAUGGUGCAGGUGACCUUUUCCAUCGUGAGCCAGGAGAAGGUUGGGAGGCCUGAGGGUGGACCUUGCAUCCCCCUUCGCUCCGCAGCCGCAGAAAUGGCACUUCCCCGGCAGACCCCAUCUGGUCAGGCCCACAACUGCCUAGUGUACACUCGUUGAUGCUUAUACCAAAUAGGGCAUGUGCGGCUGGUGGCUGGCGGAGACAGCCCUGUCCCUGCAUUGGAGUUGGCAGAGAGAAGCAGCAAUAAGCAUUAGGUGAAUGAUUGAAAGUGCUAUUUGGCUCAGCGGCCUUUGGUCUACUUUCACGGCUUUCCAAGUUCCCAAUGAGGCUACAAAAGCUCCAUCCAUAAAAGAAAGCCAAUAAUGUAAAUAAAAAACUAUGCCUCCAAGCGUGGAUUUUAAAGGGGGAUGAUGAAUGUGAAACCACCCACAGGAUGCGGUAGUCUGGUUUUUCUGUGCUUUGUCAUUUUACUCUGAUAGCAAUUUUUGUUACUUAACUCUGUGCAUAACUUAUUUAAUGUACUGUAUAAAUGAACCAAAACUGUUAAAUAUGUAUUUAGUUUGUUUUACUUAAAGUAGUCAAUAAAAAGGCUAUAUUCCUUU